AAACUCGUAUAAAUGACUUUGGUAUGGAAGAUGUGCAUUUAGAAAUCACCAAACAAGUACCUGUAGUUCACAAUACUUUAUCAACAAAUGUCGUGAUAUUGAAACAUGGUGAUCCACCCAAUUGUAAUAAAAAUGUUCAUGCAGCAUGCAAAAUGUACCGUGGUGAUUUACCUCGUGGUGACCGUCUAUAUAUUGCGUGUGACCAGGCAAUUUUUGCGAGGUUAAUCUCUUAUAAGAAAAUUAACAACAAUAAUACACUGAUGACAUUGUGGCAAGUCAAAAAUGCUCACGUGAUCAAGUCACGCAAAGAUUCACUCUGGUCCUUGGUCGCAAAGUUAUCAUCCGCCUUUGGUGAACCAAAUCCUGCAACACACUAUUUGUUCGGAAAUGCACCAGAAAUUAGUGAAAAUGGCAUUAAGAAUAUUCUUUCUUUCUAUGAGUCUGGAAAAUUGCAUUUUCAACAAAUACUUACGCAGGAUGUGUAUAAAACUGAGCUCCGAAAACACAAACCAAUCCAAGUGUUAACUGUUCAACAGAACACUUCAGCAUCUGAAACUAGCCAUCCAAAACAGACACGUCACGUUACUACAGAUGCAGAGAAAACGAUACUUAUCCAAUUGUUCAGAUUCGAAGAUUUACCCCCUGAAGACGCAAUCUCGGAAGUGUUGUUGCAACUCCAAACUGUCUUUUCAAGCUGGACAGCUGAAAGAAUCAAACA